GGCCGCGCUGCACUUGGGCUUGUGCGGCUUCGGCAAGAAGGUUUCCUGGCCUGUUGCAACCAUGGUCCAUUGCAGUUGCGUGUUGUUCAGAAAGUAUGGAAAUUUCAUCGAUAAGCUAAGACUCUUCACCAAGGGAGGACCCGGUGGAAUGGGUUAUCCUCGUUUAGGUGGAGAAGGUGGAAAAGGUGGUGACGUCUGGGUUGUAGCCCGGAACAGAAUGACUUUAAAACAACUUAAAGACAAGUAUCCUCAGAAACGGUUUGUGGCUGGAGUAGGAGCAAACAGCAAAGUUAGUGCACUGAAAGGCUCCAAAGGAGAAGACUGUGAAAUCCCUGUGCCUGUGGGUAUUUCAGUAACUGAUGAAAACGGUAAAAUUAUAGGAGAACUCAAUAAGGAGAAUGACAGAAUUUUGGUAGCUGAAGGAGGUCUUGGUGGUAAAUUACUUACAAAUUUCUUACCAUUGAAAGGCCAGAGACGAAUAAUUCACCUUGAUCUAAAAGUUAUAGCUGAUGUAGGCCUAGUAGGAUUCCCAAAUGCUGGAAAAUCCUCUUUGCUAAGUUGUGUUUCUCAUGCAAAACCUGCAAUCGCAGAUUACGCAUUUACAACAUUAAAGCCUGAACUUGGAAAGAUUAUGUACUGUGAUUUCAAACAGAUAUCAGUAGCUGAUCUUCCGGGUUUAAUAGAAGGAGCACAUAUGAACAAAGGAAUGGGCCACAAAUUCCUCAAGCAUAUAGAAAGAACUAGACAACUACUUUUUGUUGUUGAUAUUUCUGGAUUUCAGCUUUCUUCUCACACUCAAUACAGAACUGCUUUUGAAACCAUAAUACUGCUUACAAAAGAGUUGGAAUUGUACAAAGAGGAACUUCAGACAAAACCUGCACUCUUGGCAGUUAAUAAAAUGGACUUGCCAGGUGCUCAAGAUAAGUUCCAUGAAUUGAUGAACCAGCUCCAGAAUCCUAAAGAUUUUCUGCAUUUAUUUGGAAAAAACAUGACUCCAGAGAGGACUGUAGAAUUCCAACAUAUCAUCCCCAUAUCUGCAGUUACUGGAGAAGGAAUCGAAGAAUUAAAGAACUGUAUAAGAAAGUCACUGGAUGAACAGGCCAACCAGGAAAAUGAUGCACAUCAUAAGAAACAAUUGCUUAAUUUGUGGAUUUCUGAUACAGUGUCUUCUAGUGAGCCACCAUCAAAGCAUGCUGUUACUACUUCCAAAAUGGAUAUAAUUUAAAUAUAUUAAAAAUGGUAUUAAUGGAAUAGUAUUUAAUGCUUAAAAACAAGGAAAUCCUUUCGUCUGUGACAACCUGGAGGACAUGUUAAGUAAAAUAAGCCAGGCUUAGAAAGACAAAUACUGCAUAAUCUCACUUACAUGUGGAAUCUUAAAAAGUUGAACUCAUAGAAGGAGAGAACAGAAUUUGGUUAUCAAGGGCUGGUGGGGCAGUGGAGGAUUGAGGAGAUGGUCAAAAUAUGCAAAAUUUUGGUUAGACAAGGAAACUGAGUUCAAGAGAUCUAUUGUACAGCUUGGUGACUAUAAUUAACAACAAUGCAUUUUGAAAGUUACUGAGUAAAUUUUAAGUGGUUUUUCCAAAAA